AUGCCUAACUCAUCACCUUCAAGUCUUCACCAUUUUCAGUUUACUUUCAACUGCUCCGCUUCAAAUUCUGGCGGGAACAGUUUCAUUGAACCUGAUCCUGAUGCUCAAGGCAUAGACUCCGAAUCUCUCACAGACAGUGUACAGAAUUUCCCAGAAGAAUUUGGGCGCACGUAUCAUGCCUACCGGGCUGGCUCAUAUGCGUUUCCCAACGACCAACUAGAACGUGAGCGCCUUGAUUUACAGAAUGAAGCAUUAGUAAAGCUCUUCGGUGAGCGUCUUUACUUUGCACCACUGUCAAGGAGGGCACCGCCUGUAAAUAUCCUCGAUAUUGCUACUGGUACUGGCGACUGGGCAAUCAAAAUGGGCGACUUGUUUCCAGAAACAGAAGUCGUCGCAACCGACCUUUCACCAAUACAGCCUCGAAAAGUACCCCCGAACGUGAACUUUUACGUCGAAGAUUCCUCUGAGCCGUGGGAUUAUUCUCAGCCUUUCGAUUAUAUUCACACCCGAGUCACAUCUGGCUGCUGGGCUAGCUUCAAGGAGCAGAUUGCGGACCAAGCCUUCCAAACACUGAAGCCAGGAGGCUGGUUUGAGUCGCAGGAAUACGAUGCCAUUAUAAUGUCUGAUGAUGGAAGCCUUCCACCGAACGGACCUCUUGCAACAUGGUUCCGCGAAAUCAACGAAGCUUCAGAAUUGAUGGGCCGGCCUACCAAUGUUGCUGCCCAUGUUCGUGAGGCAUAUGUGCAGGCGGGUUUUGUUGACGUUCAAGAGCGAAUCUUCAAAAUGCCCAUGAAUGGCUGGCCAAAGGAUGAACGCCUAAAGGAACUUGGGCGCAUGUGGGAAAGGAAUUUCUUGAUGGGCCUCAGCGGCUUCUCUUUCACGCUUUUCAACCGCGUCUACGAGAGAACUCCUGCACAGAUUGAGGUGGCACUGGUUGAUGUCCGACGAGAGCUGAUCGAUACGCGGAUUCACGCUUAUAUACCAAUACACGUCAUUAUUGGCAGGAAGCCAUUCCCGGGCGAACGAUCUAUCCCACGAGUGCCAUUUACAUGA